AAUCAUCAUUCCCUAUAAAAGUAGAGCACACAUUCAUCCCAAACUUCAACUUCUCUUUUUCAUCACGCUCUGAUUUUUGGUAAUGAAGAGUCAAAUGGAACCCACAAUCUACGAGCAAGAUAUGUUGAUAGUCGGAGGCGGCAUAGCUGGCCUCACCACAGCUCUCGGACUCCACAAGUUGGGGAUUCGGAGCCUGGUUUUGGAAGCGUCGGAUGGAUUAAGAACCACGGGGUUCGCCCUAACCAUGUGGACGAACGCGUGGAUAACUCUAGAUAUAGUCGGAAUCGGCGACACCAUGAGAGCCAAUUCUCUCCCAAUUGAAGGUUUUGAAGUCGGUAGCUUGGAUUCCGGCGUGUUUCCGGCGAGUUUGGUGGUAAAGAAGGUGUGGGUCCCACCACCAACAAAAUGAAAAAAUAAAAAUAAAUAAAAAUAGUUAACGGAGUUAACUCUCCGUUAAGUCGGAGGGCUUAAUUGGAGGAAAAUAGGUACUUCAGGGGCUUAGUUGACACACCCCUGCCCAUAGGGUGCUAAAUGUUCCAAGGGCCUCCACGUUAGGGGUGAAAUUGAUACUUAAGCCUAAAUUAUAAAGUGGUUCAAACAUUAAUCGAUAUGACUACAUAAAUUGUUCUCCAUUUUUUAAUCUGUUGAACAACCACAAUAGUUUUUUAAUAGAAUUCGUCAAUUGAAAAUCUAAAUAAAACUGUACACAUUGAUGAUUUUUCAUUAUAUUUCACUAAUUUAGUGC